GGGCGACAGGCAUACGAUCGGGCCCCCAGGCGGAGCGACAGGUCUCGGGCCCCCAGGCGGAGCGGCGGGUCCUGGCGAGUCACCAGGCAUGACAGUGGGCUCCGAGUCAACUGGCAAGACUGCGGGCACCGAGUCGUCUGGCGGAACAGCGGGCACCGAGUCGUCUGGCAAGACUGCGGGCACCGAGUCGUCUGGCAAGACUGCGGGCACGAGUCGGGCACUGUCUGCAAGACUGUGGGCACCGAGUCGUCUGGCAUUGGAUCGUCUGGCUCGACAGCGGGCAUCGGGUCACCAGGUAUGACAGCGGGCACUGGGUCACCAGGGAUCAGGUCAUUUGGCUCGCCAGCGGGCACCGCGUCAUCUGGCAAGGCAGUGGGCACCGAGUCACCAGGUACGACAGCGGGCUCUGAGUCAAUUGGCACGACAGCGGGCACCGGAUCAGGUACCGGAUCAUCUGGAUCAACAGCGGGCAUCGAGUCAACUGGCCUAAUAGGAUCAUCAGGCUGGAUCAGUUCAUUAUGCUGGACGGCAGGCUUACCGGUUUGGAUACUGGCA